CUUUUAGUCAACUGUACAACCACCAUUUCACUGUGGACAUUACACCCUCUUACAGAUAUGGGAGACAUGGGAGAUCCACCAAAAAAAAAACGUCUGAUUUCCCUAUGUGUUGGUUGCGGCAAUCAAAUUCACGAUCAGUAUAUUCUGAGGGUUUCUCCGGAUUUGGAAUGGCAUGCGGCAUGUUUGAAAUGUGCGGAGUGUAAUCAGUAUUUGGACGAGACCUGCACAUGCUUUGUUAGGGAUGGUAAAACCUACUGUAAAAGAGAUUAUAUCAGGUUAUACGGGAUAAAGUGCGCCAAGUGCAGCAUCGGAUUCAGCAAGAACGAUUUUGUGAUGCGCGCUCGCUCCAAGGUGUACCACAUCGAGUGUUUCCGCUGCGUGGCCUGCAGCCGUCAGCUCAUCCCCGGGGACGAGUUUGCGCUGCGGGAAGACGGCCUUUUCUGCCGGGCUGAUCACGAUGUAGUAGAGAGAGCCAGUUUAGGGGCCGGCGACCCUUUGAGUCCCCUUCAUCCUGCGCGGCCGCUGCAAAUGGCAGCAGAACCCAUCUCUGCCAGGCAGCCAGCUUUGCGGCCCCAUGUUCACAAACAACCCGAGAAGACCACCCGAGUCCGAACGGUUCUUAAUGAAAAACAGCUCCACACCUUGAGGACCUGCUAUGCUGCCAACCCUAGACCUGAUGCUCUUAUGAAGGAGCAACUAGUGGAAAUGACUGGCCUCAGCCCCCGAGUGAUCAGGGUCUGGUUUCAAAAUAAGAGGUGUAAGGACAAAAAGAGGAGCAUCAUGAUGAAACAGCUCCAGCAGCAGCAACCUAAUGACAAAACUAAUAUCCAGGGGAUGACAGGAACUCCGAUGGUGGCUGCUAGCCCAGAGAGACACGAUGGAGGUUUACAGGCUAACCCUGUGGAGGUGCAAAGUUACCAGCCUCCUUGGAAAGUACUGAGUGACUUCGCCUUGCAGAGUGACAUCGAUCAGCCUGCCUUUCAGCAACUGGUCAAUUUUUCGGAAGGUGGGCCAGGUUCAAAUUCCACUGGAAGUGAAGUAGCAUCAAUGUCCUCUCAGCUCCCAGAUACACCAAACAGCAUGGUAGCCAGUCCUAUUGAGGCAUGAGGAACAUUCAUUCAGGUGUAUUUUUUUCCCUGUUGGAGAAAGUGGGACAUUAUAAUGUUGGACUCCAAAACAAAAGUAUUUAACAACCAACUAAUGAAAACUGAAUCUAAGAAUGGAUGCUCCAUGAAAUGCACGAAGUCUGUUUUAAUGACAAAGUGAUAUGGUAGCAACACUGUGAAGACAAUCAUGGGAUUUUACUAGAAUUAAAACAAACAAAAACAAACCAAUUUAAGAAAUGACAACAAAAUGAU